AAGAGGUUUUAAAUUACACCACAAACUGCUUUUUAACAUCCCUCCUGGAUUCGUAUAACGGCAGUUGCAUGGAGUGAUGUGAUGAUAGAAGUUCGAAGGAACAUUGUUAUUUUUAACAAUGGUGUCUAUUGUUUUUGGCGAUCGUCAGAAUAUGUUUAAGACUAUUAUUUGUCUCAACUUCUGGUUUUCAUCAAGCUUUGCUUACGUUAAUUUAGCGCUUAGUAGACCAACUUAUCAAUAUCCAAAAAGCUACGAUUACAAGACAAAUUCAAGGAAUGCUGUGGAUGGGCGAAAGUCGGAUUUAGACAUCAUUGGUGGGCAAUGCUCACGUACCUAUAUAGGACAAAACGCGACCUGGUGGGUUAAUCUUACCAGUAUUUACAGCAUCCAUGAUAUCCGGGUAUAUUACCCCAAUGAUUCAUAUUGGCAAGUCUGGGAGAAAAUGCAUCUCUUGGGAUUUUCUAUCUACGUCUCAAACACAACCAGCAAAUCAGAUGGGGUUUUGUGUUAUACAGACGACGACUUUACUGUGGACACUUUUCCAGACGUUUUUGAUACCCCAUGUCCUGUGAAUGGACAAUACGUGAUAUAUUACAACGAGAGACUGCCCAACGUUACCUACCGUAACUACUUUGGUCGUUCUGUAUUCAACUCACUUUGCGAAGUUGAAGUGUAUGGUUGCCCUGUAUCUGGAUACAACGGUGAUGACUGCUACAUUUCUUGUUCUGACCCUGAUUGUCGCAAAAGUCACGUCAAGACGGGAACCUGCCAGGGCCGUGAUUCGAGAUAUACAGAUCAUCAAUAUGGAUUGGAUCCUAAAGAACUGAUGAGUUGCAAAGAUGAACAAAUAGAUAGAAUAUUAUGGAAUACCACAAUAGUGGGUAAAACUUUAAAGCAGCCGUGUCCUAGUUAUCAAAAAGGGGUGGCAUCAAGAUUGUGUGAUGAACAUGGAGAAUGGGAACCUCCUAACUUUAUCAACUGCACCAACGAAGCUUUGAUGAAUGCAUCGGCACUUUUGGAACGUAUCAUCGAAAAUGAAACACAGGAUCAAAUCCAGGAGACGGUUAACAAUACUCUACGACUGAUGAAGAACCUGACAUCGAUGACUAGUAGAAUCAGUGCUGGGGAUUUAAGCUCCUCCCUGAGCGUUUUAGAGAAGAUUGUUACAGUAACUAACGCUACGGGAUUAGCUAUCGAAAAAGAGGUAUUUUACGCUGUUAUUGAUAACAUAUUGUCGUCCGAUAACUCAAACUCUUGGACUAUUGUAAGCAAAGAGACAGAAAAAGACCCCACAUUUCUCCUAAAUAAUAUGGACCGUUUCAGCAAGAUUACACUCCAAAACGACAAUAUUACAGCAACUAAAUUCAACGGAUCUAAUUUUGAGCUUGUUAUCAACCAAACAAAAACCGAUGAAACGGGAAUACGUUUUCCGGAGGAACAAUCAAACAACGUUUCUCAAAACUCAGAAGAAAUUCCUACCUUUCUAGAAUUACCAAAACAAGCAUCAAACGAUAUAAAAGCGAUCAACUUUGUUGCUGUUCUAUACAAAACAAUGUCAGACAUUCUGGGUUCUGAUUCUAAUAGUAAAGAGAAAAAAGGUAAACAUGCGAAAAUGUCUGAGCGAAGAUUCUUUGUCAAUUCCCCAAUAUUGUCCCUCACGACCCAGACAGACCUAGGAGUGUUGGAUCCACCUCUCAAUCUAAUGUUUGGACACACUGUGAAAAAUAAGUCUACAGAUAUGCACGCUGUAUGUGUCUCCUGGGAUUUCAAUCUAAAAAAAUGGUCACAGGAAGGAUGCACUGUGAACCAAACAUAUCGUCGAAGAACUGUUUGUCAGUGCAACCAUCUCACAAACUUUGCUAUUUUAAUGAGACCAUACACUCAGGUAACAGAAGAAAAUCCAUUCUUAAAAACGAUGUCACUUGUUGGAGUAGCUCUCUCCAUAGCUUUUACGUUUCUUACUUCUUUGGUUUAUGUCCUGACAUGGAGAUUUGUCAGGAGUGACAAAAACGUCAUGAUGCUGAAUAUUUGUGGAUCGUUAAUACUGUCAAAUGCAAUGUUUAUUUCAUUAGUGGAACAAACAGCGAAUGAGGUUGCUUGCGUCGCGAUAACGGCCAUUAUCCACUACCUUUUCUUAGUGACCUUCUUCAGUAUGCUUGGAUUAGGUGUAUAUUACUUUAUGAGUAUUACAGUGAAUUACUAUGCUCUGUAUGUUGGAAACAACUUCAAGUCAAAAUCAAGGGUUCAUUGGUUUCUGGGUGGAAUCUGGGGUAUACCGGUCAUUAUUACCUCAACAAAUCUUGGAGCCUUUUGGGGUAAAGGAUAUCACCUAAAGUCGUACUGCUGGUUGUCCAUCGAAAGUGGCUCUCUCUAUUCGUUUAUCAUUCCAGUUUGUCUGAUUAGUUUGAUCAACAUUCUUAUAAUUGUUUCACUUCUGAGGGUGUUGUUUACUUCAAGCAUAGUGGCAAGGUCUUCACUACAGAGGAAAGCGUCAUCCGGUCUGCGGUCACUCGGAACACUUCUGCCAGUUCUAGGAGUAACUUGGCUGUUCGGAAUCCUGGCAGUUAACGAACAUGCAGUUGUGUUUCAGUAUUUGUUUGUCAUUGAAAAUUCAUUCCAGGGGUUCUUCAUUUUUCUUUCACAAGUUUUGUUGGACAAAAAGGUGAGGCAAGGCAUAGGAAAUAGAUACCCGAGUUUGAGUACAAUAUUCAGUUUAGCUGAGCAAAGGACAAAAGAAACUUCUCUAGGUACACGAAGCCCGUCGACAUCUAAAUCAAAUGAACCAUUGAUGAAACGCAAGAAAAAGAGUUUGCUUAAAAGAUUUCAGCAAACCAAAGAGAAGAAGUCUGAGUUAUCAAUGUCAGAAAAAACAAUGUGUACAAAUUGUCCACAAAGUGUUUCUCAUGAAAAAAGAAAUGAAACAAAUUCUGAUUAAACUUCUAAUUUGUGAACGAAAAGAGAAAUGUCGCAGACCGAAGGGGACAACUUUUUUAACAUAAGUUAGCUGUAAAAUGUUUAAUGUACAAAUUUGCUUUACCUGUUACUAGGAUGUAACACUAUAUAUAUAGUGCCUGUUUGGAAAGGUAACAGUUGAAAUCGAUACCCUGAGAAAACCUGGUUUCCCCUGGUUUUACCCUGGUUUACGAGGGAUGUCAAAUUACCCUGAGUUUUGGAAUGAAUUACCCUGGUUUCUGAGGGAUGUCAAAUCCAACUGUUACCCUUCCAAACAAGCACUUUCUAUUUUAUUAUGUCGAAUGUCUUAUUUUUUAAGAAAACUUAGUUGCGUUUAUGUAGAAAUGACGUGAAUUCUGCGUCGAAUCAUACGCACAUAAUUCACGCGCAUGUAACAAUUCGUUGUGAUAUUCGUUGCCAGGUCUGUUGCUAACUCUAAGGGUAAUAGAACGGAUUAUCAACUGCGUCUUGACCAAUCAGUAUUUAACAUGAACGUAUAAGAAAUUAAUUCAUGUUGUAUGCAAUAGUAAUGGUUUAAAUGUAUUUCUACUAUAGAUUUCUCACAGUGUAUUACUAAUCUUAGUAUAAAUCUUUCGGUAUGAGAUCUUUUAUAUUGUCUUAUAGAAAGCAUAAGGAAUUUAGUUCCAUUUUAACAAUAGAUUUUAGUUACAUUGAAACAUAAGAUUAUAUUUAAAAACAAGUUAU